AUGGUGAUGGAAGAAGCAGCACUUUCUCUGUGGGAGAGGCUGCAUGCAGCGGGCGGCGAUGAUGAGGAAUCAGAAGGCCCAAAUGCCGUCACCACCGUCAGGCAGUUUCGUGUGUAUUCUCCCGCUAGCCCCCAGGAGUUGCGCCGCUUAGAGAGAGGUUAUGCUGCUUACCUGGGGUGGGAAGCAGCAGCAGGAACGCCGCUGCAGCUGCUGCAGCUAGGAGACAGAAAGAGACAGACAGAAGACCAGCAGCAGCAACAGCAGCAGCAGCAGCAACACGAACACCAGCAGCAGCAGCAGCAACACGAACACCAGCAGCAGCAGCAGCAGCAACACGAACACCAGCAGGAGCAGCACCACUAA